CCCGUCGGCAACUGCUUCUACCGGCACCUCACGCACUUGCUUGUCAACGAAUCGGAAGCGGCCAUCAUGUCGGGCCGGGAUAGGGACGAGGUCAACCAAGAGAGCUUGUCAACCAUCGCACACGAGUUUCUAGACCGUGGCAUGAAGAAUGUGGUCAUCACGCUGGCCGCCAAGGGCGCGUUCUACGCCAAUGCCGAUGGCAGCGCUCACUACCCUACGUAUAACGUUAUCAUCAAGGACACCACCGGAGCAGGGGAUACCUUUACCGGGGCUUGUUCCUCAGACUACCUACGCCAAAAGGCCAAAGGGACUUGGGACAUCAGAAGCGCUGUCGUUCGUGCAAACAAAGCUGCGGCAAUUACCAUCAUGAAUGUCGGAGCGCAGGAUGGCAUCCCGUGGUCGGACGAGAUAGAUAGAUUUGAUGCUCCUCACAGUGAGGCUUCUAUUUGA